CAGCGGCCGUACGCAUGUGACAUGUGCGCGCUGUCGUUCAACCGUCAGCAUGACCUGAAGCGGCACAGAGAGACGCACUCGGGGGAGAAGCCGUUUCUUUGCAAUGGAGGGUGCGGAAAGACCUUCACGAGGAAGGACGCGCUGAAGAGGCAUCAG